CACGCGCACGCGGAUGUCCGUCCAGCCAGCACAGGCUCGGACUGCACAGCUUUAAGUCGCUCUGAAAAAGUAACAAAACAACAACAAACUAACAAAACAUUCACUCGAGUGAUACAAACUUUCGACUGACGCAGCCAUCCCUGCUUGUUCUGCUGGUUUGUGCGUUAAAGAAUUAAUUUUGUGGCCAGGUUGUAGUUUACUUAAAGUUGAAGGAGAAGAAAAAAAAACCCCCAAACCCCAGCAGACUCGUGAUGGACGCGCUGUCACUCAGGUUACUGGUUAUAGUGGCUUUGACCUCAGCCACUUUGGCUGGCGAAAUUAAUAAAGAAGACUUCCUGAAGAGCCGACUGAAGGAGUAUGGCCUGGUCACACCUAUCAGCACUGACUCAGGCGGCCACUUCUUGUCACACCUCCUCUCAGCAAAUCACAAGCAGCGUGUCAAGCGCAAUGUGCCCUAUGCCACUGAGCCAGCAGACGAGAAACUCUUCUUCAACGUCACUGUUUUUGGCAAGGAGUUUCACCUGCGGCUCUGGCCAAACAGAAGGCUAGUGGCACCUGGCGCCAUGGUAGAGUGGCACGAUCAGGUUUUGGUGCCUGGCAAUGGCACAGAGAACGACACCUACACAGACAGGAUUCUGACGAGAGAGUCGCUUAAGACGGACUGCAAUUUUAUUGGGGACGUCACCGACAUGCCCAGAACAUCAGUUGCUAUUAACAACUGUGACGGUCUGGCUGGCAUGAUCCGUGUCGACUCUGAUGAAUACUUCAUUGAGCCUCUGGAGCGUGGUGCGCAGCAGUAUGAGGAAAACGGACGAGUGCACGUGGUGUAUAGAAGAUCCGCUCUGUUGCAAAUGUCUUCAGAUAUCUCAGUGGACUACGAACACCCCGAGCCAGAACUCGGUGCCCCUGGAGCACUAGACAACAUCGCCAAACAAUUGAACCACACAUCCAGGAGACGCAGGCACGCCGGAGACGAUGACUACAACAUCGAGGUGCUUCUUGGCGUCGACGACUCUGUGGUGCGCUUUCAUGGAAAGGAGCAUGUGCAGAAUUACUUGCUCACCCUCAUGAACAUUGUGAAUGAGAUAUACCAUGACGAGUCACUGGGUGUGCACAUUAAUGUGGUUCUCGUGAGGAUGAUCAUGCUUGGCUAUGCAAAGUCCAUUAGCCUGAUUGAACGCGGGAACCCAUCGCGGAGCUUGGAGAACGUGUGCCGCUGGGCCUUCGUACAGCAGAAAGAGGAUCCGGAACACUCUGAACACCAUGACCAUGCCAUCUUCCUCACACGCCAGGGCUUUGGUCCGACUGGCAUGCAGGGCUAUGCUCCUGUCACUGGGAUGUGCCAUCCAGUUCGCAGCUGCACCCUCAACCAUGAAGACGGCUUCUCCUCUGCCUUCGUCGUGGCCCAUGAGACUGGACACGUGCUGGGAAUGGAGCACGAUGGACAGGGCAAUCGCUGUGGUGAUGAGACGGCUAUGGGGAGUGUCAUGGCCCCUCUGGUGCAAGCCGCCUUCCACCGCUAUCACUGGUCCAUGUGCAGCGGUCAAGAGCUGAAAAGAUAUAUUAAUUCCUAUGACUGCUUACUGGAUGAUCCAUUCAAGCAUGACUGGCCACAGCUCCCUGAACUUCCUGGCAUAAAUUACUCGAUGGAUGAGCAGUGUCGUUUUGAUUUUGGAGUUGGAUACAAAAUAUGUACAUCAUUCCGUACAUUUGAUCCUUGCAAACAGCUGUGGUGCAGCCAUCCAGACAACCCUUAUUUCUGCAAGACUAAAAAGGGACCACCACUGGACGGCACUGAAUGUGCACCCGGCAAGUGGUGCUACAAAGGUCACUGCAUGUGGAAAAAUGCCAACCAGGUGAAGCAGGAUGGAGCUUGGGGUAUGUGGACCAAGUAUGGGUCAUGCUCGCGUUCCUGUGGGACAGGCGUACGCUUCAGGACACGUCAGUGCAACAACCCAGCUCCAUCUAAUGGUGGUCAGGACUGCCCCGGGGUCAACUAUGAGUUCCAGCUGUGCAACACAGAUGACUGUCCCAAGCACUUUGAGGACUUUAGAGCCCAGCAGUGUCAUCUCCGCAACUCCCACUUCGAGUACCAGAACACUAAACACCACUGGCUCCCAUAUGAGCACCCAGAUGCCAGCAAGAGAUGUCACCUGUACUGCCAGUCAAAAGAGACGAGCGAUGUGGCAUACAUGAAGCAGCUGGUGCAUGAUGGCACCCGGUGCUCCUACAAGGAUCCCUACAGCAUCUGUGUACGGGGUGAAUGUGUGAAAGUGGGCUGCGAUAAGGAAAUUGGUUCUGACAAGGAGGAGGAUAAGUGCGGAGUGUGUGGGGGCGACAAUUCCCACUGCAGAACUGUGAAAGGAACAUUUACCCGAACCCCCAAAAAAUCAGGUUACCUUAAGAUGUUCCUCAUCCCCCCUGGGGCGAGACAUGUGAUCAUCCAAGAACAUGAGGCUUCCCCUCACAUUCUUGCGGUCAAGAACCAGGCCACAGGACACUACAUCCUGAAUGGUAAAGGAGAUGAGGUGAGGUCACGCAGCUUCAUUGACCUCGGAGUGGAAUGGGAUUAUGUCACUGAAGAGGACGCUGAGACUCUGCACACAGAUGGACCAUUACAUGAUGCGGUCAUUGUUCUGAUUAUACCAAAAGACAAUGAGACAAGAUCAUCACUGAUGUAUAAAUACAUCAUCCAUGAGGACUCGGUCCCAAUAAACAACAACAAUGUCAUUCAGGAGGAUACGUAUGAGUGGGCUUUGAAGAGUUGGUCCCAGUGCUCACAACCUUGUGCUGGAGGGUUCCAGUACACAAAAUAUGGAUGUCGUAAAAAGGGGGAUAAUAAGAUGGUACACAGGAGCUACUGUGACAUUAGUAAGAAGCCCAAACCCAUCCGCAGGAUGUGUAAUCUCCAAGACUGCACACAACCACAGUGGAUAACUGAGGAUUGGGAGCACUGCACCAAGACAUGCGGAAACCUUGGUUACCAGAUCCGCACUGUGCGUUGCAUUCAGUUCCUGCAUGAAGGCACAAAUCGCUCCAUCCACAGCAAGUAUUGCAGCGGAGAGAAACCCGAGACCAGACGUCCCUGCAACAGAGUGUCCUGCCCUGCCCAUUGGAGGAUUGGAGCCUGGUCUGAGUGCUCAGUGACCUGUGGUGAAGGAGUGGCACAUCGCCAGGUCACAUGCCGCAUCGGCGAUCAAUGCGUUGGUGAGAAACCCGAGUCACAGAGGCCAUGCCGCCCAGGUCCCUGCAAUGAUGAGCCUUGUAGAGGAGACAAGUCCAUUUUCUGCCAGAUGGAGGUCCUGGCUCGGUACUGUUCCAUCCCGGGCUACAGUAAAUUGUGCUGUGAAUCAUGCAGUAAACGCAGUGGCACUCUCUCUUCUCUCCUGACUGAAGCUGCCGAGGUUGACGAAGAGGUGCGAUUUGGCUCAGCCUCACAGUUACUCGAGACACUCUCAGCCUCAGUCAAUAAAACCCUUAACAAGCCCCUUCAAACACCCAACCGCCCCAGUGGCACGGCCAAGCAAACCUCCACCGGUGAAGCUCUCAAGCCAAAUCCUAGGAGCAAAACUCCAAAACGUCUGGUGCAGGCCACUAAACCCAGCACUAGAAAUCUGCCCGUCAUGACAGUCUACAAGCAGCGCAAUGACAACCUCGCGAGAGCUACGUCACAGCAUACGGAAAGCCUCCUAGACAUUUCCAAGGUGGAAAGAUGAAGGCAAACACUAACCUUUUUUUUUUUUUUUUUUUUAAACAUUCCUGGACUUUUUGUAGAUAUAAAUAGCUUUAUUGUUUGUCUUCAUUCAAAUCAUUCCUAUAUGAGGUUUAGGGAAGUAAAGUGCUGGUUCACUUUUUGGUUUCUAGGUCAAGCUCCCCGAAUGGUUAUUCACAAUCACACUCAACAUUUACAUUUUUUUUUUUUUGUUGGGCAUGAGGCACCAAAGAUGUUUCAAAAUUGGCUAGAUGUCCCUUUUCAGCAACAUCCAAGGUUUUGCACAUUUAGCUCAUGCUACAGAGAUACCAGCGAUCAGAAACACUUCUAGCUUUGUCGAAUUUCAGAAUCAAGCACAAAGGUUUUGUUUAAUAAAUAAAUAUUUAUGAAUGUUCCUGUAAAUACUGUAUGUGUAAUAGUCAGUAUUAUUUUUUACAAAAACAUGGUGCAAAUUUUUUAUGUAAGAUUUAAGUAUUUGGGUAAAACGACAGCAACGGAAGAUCUGUCACUUUUUUUUUUCAGUUAUUUCCUGUCAAAACAACUCCUCCAGUUUAAAGCCCCUACACACCAAACCUAUCAACGAAUAUAAUUUAAUCAUAUAUAUUUGUUUUGUGUGUAAGCACAUCAGUGAUUAAUGCCGAAGCUAUGUCUUAACAACCAUUUUCUUGAAUUUCCUUCUUCUUUUUUUUUUUUUUAAUCUUGUACUGUACUCUAUUCUAAAGCUAAACAUGUAUUUCACCAGUAAGAGAGCUAAAUGUAGAGACAUAUUUAAACACCAAAACCCAGUGGGGUCACAACGUACCGUAGGAGUCGAUCAUGUGCCAGCGCAGUGCAUAGGGUGUGAAAGGCUAUAUUUUAAGGGCACCGAGGUGGAACUAACACAUCUUUUUUGGGGGAAAAGCACAUUGUGUGAGGUGGUGCGCUUUUGCCUGCAAUAUCAAGGGAAAUAUGUUUAUUUUUAAACAAGGGUGAUGUCUCAACCACAAUGCAUCUGACUGCAAUAGCAAGGAACUCCAGUGUACAGUUUGUGUCACUGGAGCGCAAAAGUAUAAAAUCCAUUCACACACGCUUGCCUGUGUGCUACUGUAUAGCUGUUGUAUAUAGAAUUAAGAACUUUAGAGUAUUUAUUGACUUCCUUGUCUGUUUUUUUAAUGUCCAGCAUCUCUUAUUUCAUGAGCAGGUAAGAGCCAAAAAUUUGUCACCUAUUUGCAUACUGAGUCAAGUUUUGCUGAAGUUCUCCACGUAACACCAAAAAUUUAGCACCAUAACUAAAAAAAAAAACCACACGAGGAAAACCGGUUUUAAAUUAGUUGUGAGAAAGCUCUAAUCCAGCUGUUUUAGAAUAGCAUUUAGUGUUUAAAAAAACAAAACUGUCCUCAACUUCUGCGUAGUUAACUAAAUUUCCAGACGAAUCUGUUCUUACAGUCAGUUAGUGAAUUUGAGUCGUGAAAAGGUUUAAUCUAAACAAAGACAAACAUGGAAAAUGUUGGUGUUGUAGAGUUUUAUAGAAAAAAAAACUAUUGUAACAUUCUUGAAACUUAUUUUUUGAUUAUUUUCAAUUGCUGCCUUCGACAACUUUGCUGCUAAUGCUUUGCAAAGCCUCCCCCCCCAAAAGCCCAAGUAGUUUAGUAUUUGUAGGUUUUUUUUUAAUUAUUGACAAUCCCUGAGCCUCAGACAGAUCCGCUGUAUAUGAAAAAGGUCUAUAUACUGUAUAUCCCCAGUCCUGCCUUUGCAUGUAUCAAGUAAUGCUCUGAGUAGCCUGUCAGUUUCUCACAUCUUGCCAUCAUCUGUUUAUUUGUACUUUUUUGUUGUUUUGUUUUAUCGGAAGUGUACACUACUGAUGCUGUUUGUUGUAACGGGGAGCACAUAGCAAUAAAGAACA